UUAUGUCCAUGCAUUUGUUAAUCUCCAAUCUUCAUAUGGAACUUCUGGAACAGGUACUUCUUCCUGCUUCUGCAGCACUGAUGACUUUUUAACCAGCCAUGGUUCUUCAGAGUAAUGAAACCUGUUGCUAUGGAUUCAUCCUGCAAGGUCUCUCCAAUGAGCCAGAGUAUGAGCGUCUUUUCCUCCCCAUCUUCUUCUCCAUGUAUCUGAUUAUUCUACUAGGCAACCUGCUGAUUGUCCUCGUCAUCCUCUACAAUGCCCGCCUCUACCAGACCCCCAUGUAUUUCUUCCUUAGCCAUCUCUCAUUGGCUGAUGCGGGGUUCUCCUCCUCUACAGUUCCCAAGAUGUUGUAUAACCUACUGAUGCGCACCAGAAACAUAUUCUAUGGAGGUUGCUUAGCUCAAAUGUUCUUCUUCUUGGGCUUUGGAAAUACUGAAAGUUUUAUCCUGUCCACCAUGGCCUAUGAUCGAUAUGUGGCCAUCUGUCACCCACUUCGUUAUGCUGUUGUGAUGAAUCAGAAGACCUGUAUUCUUUUAGCUUCUGGCUGCUGGCUUUGUGGUUUUCUCCACUCACUACUCUACACUGUGAUGAUGUCUCGUCUUUCUUUUUGUGCCUCCCGGGAGAUCCCCCACUAUUUUUGUGACCUCCAUCCUUUAAUUAAGCUGUCCUGUUCAGACACCUCAACAAUUCAGAUGACAACCCUCACUGAGGGGACAGUGACCAUAGUGGGGCCUUUCACAGUUAUUGUCCUCUCCUACGCCCUCAUUUUCUACAGAGUUCUCAAGAUCCCCUCAGCAUCUGGGAAGCGCAAGGCAUUUUCGACCUGUGGUGCCCAUCUCACCACGGUGGUUUUGUUUUUUGGGACUGUCAUUGCUGUAUAUGUCCGCCCCUCCUCCUCUUAUUUGGGCACCAAGGUUCGGGUGAUGUCUGUAGCCUACACAGCUGUGACUCCCAUGCUCAACCCCUUCAUCUACAGCCUAAGGAACAGUGAAAUCCAGCAGGCUCUGAGAAAGUUGAUGGUUGAGUUGUUAGUUGGGAUGAGGAAGUGGGUCGACCGCGAGAUGCCCGUUGUAGCGAAAUUUGAACUUCAGCUAUGGGAAGAGGAACGAGAACAGCUGCAAGGCAAGAGCGCGGAAAACCCGGUAAAGAGACCGUCAGCAGCGCAAAGAAAUCUAACUCGAAUUGGACCGUACAAAGACGCGCUGUAA